AUGCGGGCGAUUAUCUCUGUGGCCAAGUCGAUUCUUGGCAACCGACGCGACGACGACGGUCUGUUUCCGUCGGUGGCCAGCGGGGCGGUCCACUCGUUUCGCGUCUACAUCCAUGGAACGAAGAAGAAUAAAGACGUAUCGCACGGUUAGUUUCAGCCUGAAAAUGAGAAAUUCAACUUAAUUUCAGCUUGGCUCCGUGUUUCGCGAUCUACGAUAACACUGGAAGUCACCAAGAAGGAGGUCUACGUGUGGCCUCUUCCCCUGAUUCGCCGCUACGGAUACACGUCUGCUGGCAUUUUCUUUUUCGAAAGCGGCCGACGAUGCGAGUCCGGAGAGGGAAUGUACACGUUCCAGAGCAAGAAAGCCGAUCAGAUUUUCCAGGUAACCUAGAUUCGUCAGUAUUUGGAACAUAUAUAAAUUGUUUGUUUCCAGUUGAUUCAAUCGUUGAUCGAAGAGUUUGCGAACACGUCGAUGGAGAAGCAGAAUAUGGAGAACAGUUUCCGUUAUCAGAGGCAGCAAUCGGUGCCCGUCGGCUCCAGAAGGAUGUCGAAUGCGAGCAACACAUCGUCUGUUUUCGGUAAGAUUUGGGUUGGUUGGGUUUGCUCGAAAUGCUCUUUUUUUUAAGGUAUAAAGUACCCAGCUCCUUCUUUGAUUUCGAUGCCACCCUCCCGUGAUCGCAAUUCGAAUGCUUCUCUCGCCUCGAUAUUCUCCCUCCGCAAUGGCUCCCACUCCGCCCGUCCAAUCCCUUCUUCCGUUCAGCGAUUUAGAAGUGAAGGUACGCAGAAAUGCAGGUCAUUUCUCAUCCUGUAAUAGGCUACGCUUCAGGAAUGAAUUCGGAAGUUCUGACGUCUUCCGGGUUGAAUACGUCCGGGUUCAACGACAGCCUCGGAUAUCACUCCUUUCACAGAGGAAUGUUUGAUCCGAGAAUGGCAAGAACGCCGAUGAGACCCAGAAGCUUGACGGACACAUCAGAUUACCCCGAUGAAUGCUCUGGCUACCCGCAUCAUCAUCCCGACAGUUUUCAUCUCAUCAACGGGAGCAGGAGCAGCAAACUCGUUGGAAACAUAGUCACGGAACGGACGAAUCCGGGUUCUUCAUCUGGAAUCGGAAUAUCGAAUGGAAUUCUGCCGCCGUACAUAAACAUAUCGCCGAAGGAGGUCGUGGCGAGUCGACAGCAGCAGCAACAACAGCAAUUCUACGGAGCUCCUUCGAUGACGACGACGGCCGCUUCUGAAAUGUCCGCAGCGCUGAACGCGAUGAGUCACAAGAUGUCGUCUUCUGGCGCCAGGACACUGCCACGUGUCACUCCACCCCCGCCUUCCAACCGUCAGCUGAAACGAUAUGCCGUCGUUUCGACGGCUUCGUCUUCGAAGAAGCGAGUGUCGAAGGAGGAGGCGAAGCAAGCGUUCCUUACGAACGAUCCGCGCGUUAGUCUUGUCAUCGACGACCCCCGGUACGCGGCGGUAAACGUUUCACAGGACGAGAACUAUGCCAAUCUGGAGGAUAUUCAGGUGAGAAAAAGGAUACUUUCACCGGACAUAUCCAGUUACAACGCCCGUGUUUUUCUCAUUUUGUAGACCGAAAGAAUCAUGCGUGGUAUCGAUGUCGAGACACUGACCACCCUGCAUCACACACCUGACGGACCACUGCCACGUCAUCAGCAUCCGUUGAAGACGUUGGGACCGGCGCCGCCGAAGAAGACGUUAAUGGGCACAUUGUCGAAUCGAGCGGCGACGGCGUCGCCUCUUCCACGGCUGAACUAUGCAGAAAUUGUGCCGGUGCACGACGACGGAGUCAUUCCGGACAGAGCGAGCCGGUAAGCAGUCAAUCAGACCUAACUUUCACGAUAGUAGCGCCCAGGUUUUAUAGUUUGUAGUCAAGCAGACACCAGUGGAGCGAGAGCAGCGCAAAAGUUUCAAAAACGGACCCAUCCCUUACAGAAAAUCCGUUAUUUUAAAUACGUUUCUUUUAGUUUCGUAGUGAGCAUUGAAAAUGGAACAAUGGACGCAGUUGAUUGGAAAAUUUUCUCUUUUUCCCCCUUUUGUGUAUUCGAAAUUCGAGCUCCAGAAUAGAGAGCGAUUGUUAGUCGGAUUACCUUUUGUCAGUUCCAAAAAAUGACGAAAAUUGGUGUUUGCAACUAUUUAUUCUUCGUGAUUUCCGCAUUGACGUCAUUGUUCCCGAUGUUCGGGGUUUCCAUGAGAAUCAAAAUCAGAAUUUUAAAUUCAGAUGCUCAUCGGUCGGUCGCUUCUUCGACAUCAACUACGCUCAAAUGGACGCCGAUCGCACUCAGGCGCUGAAAGGGACUCUCCGCAAAAAGGACUGA